AUGGAACACAUCAACCAGAGCUGCCAGGAACAGUUCAUCUUGCUGGGCUUCUCGGACAGACCCAGGCUGGAAUCUAUCCUCUUCGUGUUUGUCCUCAUCUUCUACCUGGUGACUUUAGUAGGCAACAUCGUCAUUAUCUUAGUUUCCCACCUGGACCCCAGCCUCCACACGCCCAUGUACUUCUUCCUCACCAACUUGUCCUUCCUCGAUCUCUGCUUCACCACCAGCUCCAUCCCCCAGUUGCUCUUCAACUUAGGAGGCCAGGACAAGACCAUCAGUUACAUUGGCUGUGCGGUCCAGCUGUUCAUGUUUCUAGGGCUAGGAGGCACUGAGUGUGUUUUGCUGGCCGUCAUGGCUUACGACCGCUUCACGGCCAUCUGCAAGCCCCUUCACUACUCAGUCAUUAUGCAUUCUCAGCUCUGCUGGAAGUUGGUGUCUGUGGCCUGGAGUGUUGGGCUCCUCAACUCCCUGGUCAUGUCUCCCGUGACCAUGAAGCUGCCGCGAUGCGGGAGGUGCCGGGUGAGGCACUUCCUGUGUGAGAUGCCAGCUCUGAUAAAAAUUGCCUGUGUGGACACUGUGGCUGUGGAGAGCACUGUUUUCAUUUUAUCCGUGAUAAUUGUGCUGGUACCCUUGACUCUCAUCCUCAUUUCUUACAGCUACAUUGCUCUAGCCGUGAUGAGGAUCAAGUCCGCCUCAGGAAGGAGGAAGGCUUUCAACACGUGUGGGUCCCACCUCACUGUGGUCUCCUUGUUUUAUGGGAAUAUCAUCUAUAUGUACAUGCAACCAGGACAUAAUGCUUCUCAGGACCAAGGGAAAUUUCUUACCCUCUUCUACAACUUGGUGACGCCCAUGUUAAACCCUGUCAUCUACACACUGAGAAACAAGGAUGUGAAGGGAGCACUAAAGAGGCUCAUGACUAGGAAGUAA